AUGGUUGUUUUGUUUGGAGGCUUGGAGGCUCUUUUGAUUCUUACUUUGAGGAUACCAUACAACAACGGCGUAACAUGGCCGGAUAUUGUGGUUGGCGUAGUAGCCGCCAUUCUCCUCAGCGCAGGGUUAUUACCUCCAUACUUUGAGUUAUGGAAGAGAGAUGGACGGGUCAUUGGAAUAAAUUGGGUGUUCCUCUCCAUCGACACGCUCGGCGGGUUGUUCUCGCUCUUUGCUUUGGCGGCACAAGGCUCUUUCGAUAUCUUAGGUGGGAUCAUGUACAUCUUGGUGGUUGUGCUCGAGGCUGGCAUCUAUACUAGUCAUAUUGUCUGGCGCAUUCGUUAUCGCAGGCUGCGUCAGGAAGCAAAAGCUUCAGGGCAAAGCAUUGAUGAACUUCUUGCUGUAGGGAGAGAAGAUAUACAGGAAUCGCAAGAUCUUGAGAAAGGGGUGGUCCCCCAAGUCCCUGGUGAUGUUGACAUGGCCAGGUCAGAACAAUUGUCGACGUACGGCUUUGAACAACGAGAUCGGAUUCAAAAAGUUUGA